AUUUUCAAAUAGUUAACAAUAUAAAUAUCUUAGAGGACUGAGGAACUUAUUGUACCUUAUCAUCUUCUGCUUAACUGAAAAUGGAGUGUAGUUUAGUGAGUGUACUAGGAAUAUUAUUGGUAUAUCCUCUCUUCCAAAACCUUGUCACCAUCUCCGGGCAGCAUAUUCCGGCGGUGGGUUUGUUCACAUUCGGAGAUUCCAGCUUCGACGCCGGAAAUAAAAAGUUCCUCACUAGUGCUUCACUUCCUCAAAACUUUUGGCCUUACGGUAAAUCUCGAGAUGACCCUAAGGGCAAGUUUUCCGAUGGCAAAAUUGUCCCGGACUUCAUUGCAAAAUUCAUGGGGAUUCCACACGAUUUACCGCCGGCGCUAAAACCCGGAGCCGAUGUGUCACGAGGAGCCAGCUUCGCCGUCGGGUCCGCUUCUAUUCUUGGAUCGCCAAAAGAUUCUUUGACUCUGAAUCAACAAGUGAGGAAAUUCAAUCAGAUGAUAUCAAAUUGGAAAGUGGAUUACCUUCAGAAAUCAGUGUUUAUGAUUAGCAUUGGUAUGGAAGAUUACUACAACUUCACCAAAAACAAUCCUAAUGCUGAAGUUUCUGCUCAACAAGCUUUCGUUACUUCUGUCACUAACCGAUUAAAGAGUGAUAUCAACUUGUUGUAUUCAUCUGGAGCUAGUAAAUUCGUCGUACAGUUGCUAGCACCAUUAGGUUGUUUACCGAUCGCAAGACAAGAAUUUAAAACCGGCAAUGAUUGUUACGAGAAACUCAACGAUUUGGCCAAACAACACAACGCUAAAAUCGGACCGAUGUUGAACGAAAUGGCAGUAACUAAACCGGAUUUUCAAUUCACCGUUUUCGAUUUCUACAACGUUAUUCUUCGUAGGACACAAAGAAACAUGAACUACCGGUUUUCCGUGACAAAUAUAUCGUGUUGCGGUGUUGGGUCGCAUAACGCAUAUGGUUGUGGUUUACCUAACGUGCACUCGAAGCUAUGCGAAUAUCAAAGAUCGUACCUUUACUUCGAUGCACGUCACAACACAGAGAAGGCACAAGAAGCGUUUGCUCAUCUUAUCUUUGGAGCCGACCCAAAUGUUAUCCAACCUAUGAAUGUUCGUGAGCUCAUUGUCUAUCCUGUUAAUGAGCCUAUGCGUGAGUUUUGGGAGGAUCCAAUGGAGGAGAAGUUAUCAUUAGUCCACGACGUUGACGUCAAUCCUAGUGGAUCUAUCUACCUCGUUUAAUUAGUUCUUGAGCAUAAUUACUAUUUUCUAUCUCUAGAUCACGCAAGAGCUCUUGGAAAAUGUAAUGCGUUUGUUCUUAAUUUGUUGAGAAUUAAAAUAAUAAUGUUAUCCUCAACUCUGUUUUUUCAUAAGAAAAAUCUCAAUGGGUA